AUGUUUUUCAUUGGUGACUUCAACGCGGUGAAGGGUGCGCAUGAGCGCAAGAGUGAUUGGCUUCCAAAUGCCUCCGCUUGUAGGGAAUUCUGUGACUUCAUUGACGCCUCGGGCUUUGUUGAAUCGAACACUUCUGGGCUUUUUUACACUUGGUGUGGCAGGCGAAAUCUCCCUUCGCAUGUGGAAUCUGUUUUGGACCGUUGUCUCUAUUUCGAGGGUUUUGCGUCGAUGUGGAAUUCGUUGAAUACCCAUGUUCUUUCUCGCAUUGCCUCUGAUCAUUCACCUAUUAUUUUGCAAUGCCAAGAGAAUACGGUCCCUAGAAGAAGAAACUUUAAGUUUUUAGAUAUGUGGCUCUCACACCCGGAUUUCCAUGACUUUAUGCAGGCUUCGUGGCAGGCGCCGACGAACUCUACCUGCCCUCUAUAUAAUGUUAUGGCGAAAAUCAAACAAUUUCGUACCGAGCUUAAGGUCUGGAAUAAACAAGUUUUUGGGAAUGUCGAUGAUGGAAUCUCUCAAUUACAGGAGUCACUGAUGAAGAUUCAGUUGAAGAUUGCAGAUGAAGGUUACUCAGACUCGCUUUUUGACCAAGAAGUCGCUGCCCAGGCGAGGAUUGGCACCUUGCUAACACGUAAGAGCAGUAUCAUGCAACAGAAAAGUAGAGUUCGAUGGCUUAAAGAUGGUGACAGGAACACAAGUUUUUUCCAUAAAUCAUACAAGAUGAGACGCAAGAAUCUGAUCAUUUCUCAACUCAAGAUUGAUGGUGUUGAUACCUUUGAGCAGGACGUUAUCUCUUCACAUAUUGUGGAAUUUUUCUCCAAACUCUUUUCUGAGGUUACGACAAAUACUGUUAGGGUGCAGGAUAUUCAACAAAUUGUGGAAGCCACGAUGUCUCAAAAGCAGAAUGAGAGUCUGAGCUGUAUUCCAGAGGAAGAAAAAAUCAAAGCGGCGGUGUUCGAUUUGGCGAGCGAUAGUGCUGCUGGACCGGAUGGCUUCUCGGGCACUUUCUUCCAGAAUUGCUGGGACACCAUCAAAGAUGAUAUUGUGGUCGCUGCAAAAACUUUUUUCGUGAAGAACUAUCUUCCUCAGGGCCUGAAUUCUAAUACGUUGAUCCUCAUCCCUAAAAAAGAAGUGGUGGAAACGGUUGCGGAUCUGAGACCGAUUGUCCUCUCCAAUUUCUUUUUUAAGGUUCUCUCUAAAAUUCUUGCUACUCGGCUUAGCUUCGUGGCAGCUGAUAGUGUGACUCACAAUCAGUUUGGCUUUAUUCGCGGGCGGCUUAUACACGAUUGCAUUAUGCUGGGAUCGGAAGGUGUUAAUUGCAUGAACAGAACCUGCAAGGGAAUGAAUAUGGCUUGCAAAGUGGAUAUUAAGAAAGCUUUUGAUACCAUGAGUUGGAAUUUCAUCAUGAGCGCUAUGAAGGCGAUGGGUUAUGAUCAUACCUUUAUGGGGUGGAUUGCCACUAUUUUUUCCUCAGCUCGACUUUCGAUUCUUUACAAUGGGAAACUUUGCGGAUAUUUUCCCUGUUCGCGGGGAGUUAGACAGGGAGAUCCUCUCUCGCCUAUUAUUUUUGGCAUCGCGGAGGACGUGCUUAGUAGACUUAUUUUGAAAGCGGUUGCUACGGGGAAAAUUGAGCCGAUGAGGAUGAGCAGGGGUCAGUUGUUCCCCACCCACCUCCUUCACGCUGACGAAGUUCUGAUCUUUUGUAAAGCGACGAUAAAGAAUGCAAGAGCCAUUCGCGACAUCCUUCAUUUUUAUGGUUCGAUUUCGGGACAAAUCUGCAGUAAAGAGAAAUCGAGGCUUUUCUUUGCUAAAGGAGUGUCUCCCUGUUAUAAGCGCCAAAUUACUCGUGCUCUGGGAUUCCCCUGUGGAAACUUACCUAUGAUUUAUCUGGGCGCGCCACUUUUUGUUGGUCGUCCCAAGGCUUCCCACCUUGCCGCGAUAAAAGAUCGGAUUAUUUGCAAGUUUUCUCGAUGGAAUGGGCUGCACCUUUCGAUGGUUAGACGGCUCUGCUUGGUAAAAUCGAUUGUUCAAAGCUCCAUUGUCCACACCAUGAUGAUUUAUAAAUGGCCGCGUUCGCUCAUUCAGGAGAUUGAUGCUGCAUGCAGAAACUUCAUCUGGUCAGGCGACAUAAGAAAACGUCCUAAGCACGCUGUUAGCUAG